AUGGCUGACAGCGAAAUGCAACAAGUUAAACCAGCGCAGUUGACGCAGUACCUAACAGCUCUAUCAGUGUCGGUGAGCGCGAUUGCGGUUGGCGCGGUGAUUGGUUUCAACGCUCCUGCUUCUUUUCAGCUACGAGCUGCCCAGGAAUUCCCCAAGUUUAAUGGCUAUCGAACCACGUUUAGUCUUCAAAACACGACAUUGAGUCUUAGCGCAGACACCAGCGGUACAUCCGGCAUAGGUAACCAUGGUGACACCAGCAUUUAUCAUUACUUUAGUAACGACACUGAUAGCAACGAAACAACAAUCAUUCCUGAUGUCGACAUCAUUUCGCAAAAAUUAGCAAGCUCUCCCAUGGUGAUGGACAGCCAGCCAACAUCAGCACGGUCCCCCAUUGUGAUGGACAACCAGCAAGCGCUAGCACGGGGUGUCGUGGUGAUGGACAGCGAGGAGCUGUCGUGGUUCAUGUCAGCAUACGCCGUGGGGGCGCUGUUGGGGGCACUGGGGGGCGGUGCCCUCAUGGACGCCAAGGGACGAAGAGGGGCGUUGCUGGCUUCCGCAGUGCCGUCCCUGGUGGGCUGGCUCAUGACAGGUCUAGGGUCCAACUUACCCAUUCUGGCGCUGGGCAGGGGAAUGACAGGAUUGUUUAUCGGUUCGAGCUCAGCGGCUGGCAGCGCCUAUGUAGGUGAAAUCUCUUCGAGAGACAUCAGAGGAAGGCUUGGAAGUUUCUACGAGCUUGCGCUGACCAUGGGCAUCUUGCUGAGCAUGUUGGUGGGGACGUUCACGACGUGGCAGCGUUUGGCCCUGAUCUGCACCAGCCCGACUCUGCUGUACGCCGUCCUCGUCUACUGCUGCAAGGAGUCGCCGGCUUACCUCCUCUUGAAGGGCAGAGAGACUGAAGCUAGGGCGGCUCUGCAGCAUUUCAGAGGUGCUGAUUACUGCAUCGAUCAAGAAAUUAGGGCCGUACAAGAGUCCCAAAUGGAGGCCAAAAAGGCCAAAUUGAAGCUGACUGACCUCAAAAAGGCCCACAUUUACAAACCAAUUAUCAUCACCCUCACCAUUGGCGUCUUCUCAACGCUGUGUGGCAACGGAGUCCUAACUUCAAAUCUCAGCACUAUUUUCAAGAACUCCGGCAGCGAGUUGUCAGAGAACGUGAGCGGCGUGCUCUGUACUGCACUGAAGAUGUUGGCAGGAGUUGCAGCCGUGGUCUUGGUGGAGAGAGUUGGCAGGAAGUUUCUGCUUGUGGUAUCUUCUGCCUCCAUGGCUGCCUGUCACUGUGGUCUGGGUGCAUUCUUCUACAUGCUAUCGGUGGAUGAAGAGUGGACGCGCCGUUAUCUGUUUUGGCUUCCGAUGACGGCGCUCAUGAUUUUCGUUAUAGCUUAUGGGGCGGGACUGGGGCCAGUGAUAUGGAUCCUGAUAGGGGAGAUGUUGCCCCCUCUGGCGAGAAACGUGGGUGCGGGACUGGCAGUGGCGGGCGUGUGGACGGGAUCCUUCGUGACCGUAUACUCCUACGAAUUCCUGCAG